AUGUGGAAGGGUACGGAAGCUCUUCGCGAACGUGUUGGAGUCCAUGGCGCUCUAUGGGGCGCCGGUGUGUGCUGCGGCGUUGGAGCGCAAUCGCAGGGCCCUGGCCAUUCUCAGGAGGGCACAAAGGAGGGCGGCAGUAAGGGUGGACUCGGCUGUGCGAACCAAACACCUCGGGGCGCAGGACCGUGGGAUGCCAUUCUCCCGAAACUCGAGGAGUGGCUGGAUCGCCCGUGGACACGGGCAUCCUACCGUACGACGCAGGUGCUCUCCGGACACGGGUGUUUCGGGGAGUACCUGUGUCGAAUAGGCCGGGACCGCACCCCCAGGUGCAAUCACUGUGGAGGAGCCCGAGACACUGCGCAACAUACCCUCCAGGAGUGUCCGGCGUGGGAGGAGGAACGUAGUGCCCUGACUGGAGUGAUCGGGGAUGACUUAUCACUGGGCAAAGUGAUCGAGGCGAUCGUGGAAAGCGAGGAAGGCUGGGAAGCCUUCCACACCUUCUGUGAGAGAGUGAUGAGCUCCAAGGAGAGCGCCGAGAGAGAAAGGAGGGGAGAAACUAAUCCCCGCGAUGGCGCAGAUGGAGGAGGAGGCGCACCACCAGGUAGAAGACCCGUGGGGGUGGGCACAUCUGGGAAGUGUGACUCACCCCGCCCCCAACAACAACGGGGGCGCGGCGGGAGGCCUGGUGGCACCCCCGCCGCUGCGCGGACAAAGUCAGGUCCGCGACAAGAAGAUGGCCCUUAUCAGGGCCAGGCACAUACACAAAGUGCCUAGAGGUGCGCGAAGCCACGCGCGGCGCGGGGUCGCCUGGAGAAUGCCAUCGUGGGCCCCAGGCGGUCCCCACACAGCGCCAAGAAGUCCACCCCCGGUGGUUUUAGUGAGGUAGGCACCCCCAUUGCACGCUGGCUCCCGGGUCGUCAAUUGCCCGGGAGUACAGGGGGGGUGAGUCCCACACACCACCCCGUCUCUUUCCCAGAGAGGCGGGGUGACGGCCCAUGAGGGUUUCCACCGGG